AUGCCGGGAAUUGUCAACAUAUCCAUUCAAGCUUUUCCCAAACUGUUCCCAGACAAAAUGCCUGAGUCAAACGUCAGCCACCUGUUGACGGUUCCUUCUGUUGGCAAGUUGGAUCAUUACACGGACAACUACGACGUGGACUAUGGCACUCCCCCCGACGAAAUCCCAGAUACCACACAGGGCCUGGCUUUCUUCGUCGCCACCAUCAUCAUUGGGGUGGUCCUCGUCUGCAUCAUGCUGGUGUGCGGCUUGGGAAACUUCAUCUUCAUUGCCAUGUUGAUGCGCUACAAGAAGCUGCGCAACCUCACCAACCUGCUCAUCGCCAACUUGGCCAUCUCGGACUUCCUGGUGGCGGUGGUGUGCUGUCCCUUUCUGGUAGACUACUAUGUGGUCAAACAGCUGUCGUGGGAUCAUGGGUUGGUGCUGUGUGCGUCGGUCAACUAUCUCCGCACCGUAUCGCUCUACGUGUCCACAAACGCCUUGCUCGCUAUUGCGGUGGACAGGUACACGGCCAUUGUACAUCCUUUGAAGCCUCGAAUGAAGUACGAAACAGCCUACUGCCUGAUCACCGGAGUCUGGAUUAUUCCCAUUCUCAUCUCAAUUCCCUCGGCUUACUUUGCCUCAGAGACUAUGUACCCUCACGGAGGCACCACGUCAACCACUCACAAAGUCUUCUGCGCUCAGAUCUGGCCCGUGGACCAACAGGCCUACUACCGCUCCUACUUUUUGUUAGUAUUCGUCGUGGAGUUCGUCGGACCCGUGAUCGUCAUGGCGAUGUGUUAUACGCAAAUUUCUCGCGAGCUCUGGUUCAAGAAUGUGCCUGGUUUCCAGACAGAGCAGAUAAGGAAGCGGCUGCGCUGCCGCCGUAAAACCGUGAUGGUCCUCAUCGGAAUCUUAAUGGCAUACAUCCUGUGCUGGGCUCCUUACUACGGCUUCACGAUCCUUCGGGACUUCCACCCGACGCUAAUCUCCCGGCAGAAGAAUUCCCUGGUGGUCUUCUACAUCAUCGAAUGCCUUGCAAUGAGUAACAGCAUGAUCAAUACCUUCUGCUUUGUCAGUGUCAAGAACAACACUGUCAAGUAUCUGAAGAAGAUUGUGCUGGUGCGAUGGAGGUCAACAUACGCCCCCAGUAGGACUGUGGAUGAAAUGGAUUUAAGGACCUCAUCCUUGCCUGUCACAGAGGAGAUUGAAUGCAUUCAUCUGAGGUAA